CACACACUUGCGCUCGCGUAUUGCCUCGACAACACAUUAGAUACAUUGUAAUUUAAUCUUGAAAAAUAGAAAACAAAAGCAUUUAAGAGAUACAAGUCUUCAGAACCUUUGAAAGUUGCCUAAUCGACCUUUACUGUAUUCUUAUCUGUGAGUGUUACAUCCGGUUUUUCAUUUUUGAUUAAUAAUCUGUAAGAACGCUGAAGAAGAGAUACUGAUGGUGAAAGUGUAAUAGAGAGAUAACACGAGAACAGGUUUCCCAACGAAGAAAGUAAUCAACUAAAGAGAAAAAAAACUUCAAAUAAAACUGAGGACGGAAAGACGGUGCCAUUGCGAAAGGCGUCUUCCUGAUGCAAAAAAGCAACAAGCAACUCAAAAGCAUCACUGAGGACCAAUUUCAGCAAAAUGUGUCAUCGAAUGGUGAUUUAAGGAUUCUGGUUAUUUCCCCGAUACUUGGCCAUUCCCCAGGCAGUGUCAAAAACCUCUGUGAAUACUGUAACAGAUAUGAGAGGGUUUAUAAGUUGAAUCCUCUGGAGCAAGUAGUUCAGAUGUGAUAAACUAGCAAUUCCGCGACAAUGGUUUGGCCGGAAGCUGGCUCGCCGAGCGUCGGACUGGGCAACAGCUCCAGCAAUGACAGUUGGGGAGACAGCGUGGCCGUUGGCGAGCGGGCAUUCUUGGGAUUCGUGGGCGUGGUGAUGGCUCUGGUGGGCGGCAUUGGCAACGGAAUCGUUGUGGUUCUCGUUUGCAGAUCAGCCGCCAUGAGAUCUGCCAUCAACCUGCUGCUGGCCGCCAUGGCGCUGUCCGACACCGUCAUCCUUCUGUUGCUGCUCCCCCUGGACCUCAUCACCUUGGCUGGAGGCGGGUGGCUCCUCCCCUCUCCCCUGUGCAGCGCCCACGCCUUCCUGUUGAACGUCAUGCAGAUUCAGGGCGUGGCGGCGCUCUCCGUCAUCUGCGUGGACCGAUACAUCAUCAUCGUCCGCCAGCAGGAGUUUCUUACUCCCUGCAUCACGUGCUGCAUCAUCGCGGUUUCCUGGGUGGUGAGUCUGGCCGUGUCCUUGCCGGCCUUCCUCGGCGUGGGUAUCUACACGCCCUUGCCCCUCCCCCCCGGGCUGACCCACUGCGAGUGGCGGCCGAGGGAGGCGCGUCCCCCCGGCGACCUGGUCUUCGCCUCCUUCACCUUCUUCGUGAUCUACCUUCUGCCGGUGCUCGUCAUGAGCUUCAGCUUCGCCGGGAUCCUGCUGAAGAUCCGCCAGAACUCCGCCAAGAUUCAUUCGAGCGACGGCCGGAGAGACUCCUACGCCGGUGUGAUUCCUGCGGCGCAGGGGGACGUGGCCAGCCCCACCUCCGCCCGCCGACCCCUCGUGACCGUUGACCUGCGAUACAAGACUCAGACGCUCACGACAGUCAUAGUUCUCUCCGUCGUGUUCUUCCUCUGGCGGUCGCCACUGCAUCUGUCUCAGCUCGCGCACGCCUUCUCCAGCCACCUCGACGUGAGCUACAAGGUGUAUCCGUGGCUCCUGUGGUGCGCCUACGUCCCGCCAGCUGUUAAUCCGGUCAUCUACACAGCCAGGAUUAAGAAGUUCCGAAACGCCGUGGUGGACGUCUUCCCCUGCCUCCUGAAUCUCCUCCCCUGCACCUCCUCGGCCAUGCGGCGUCUCAGCAACCCCGGCGCCAUCUACAUGAUCCACCAUCCAAGGAGAGAAUCUACAUAAAUUGCUGUUUUCCGCCUCCCUACUUCGAAGCCUCACACAGCAGCACAAUUAGGAUGUCCCAUUAAUAAGCUACGAUGUGAAUAUAUUGAAACGGUCCAUGAAGUCUGAAAGAUCUACGUCCAUUAUCUAGUUUGUAUUUCGAAGCGUUAAGUCACGCAGUCACGCAGUUAGCGUUCAAGUGGAUGUGUCUAAACCGAACCAUAUGCUUACCCGUUGACUCAUCAAAUAUACGUGAUCGCUCUUACUAUAAUAAGGAAAGUGCAGUCAAUGGCGCAACUGUAAUAUCUUUGGACUAUAUUCAUGAUAACCUUUCGAGCCGUAAGAUGAUAAAUACAUGUUUUUCCUUUGUUAUUUUUUGUCGAAAUAUUAAGCUGUGCAGGCACAGCAGUGUGAUUAUUUAGUGAGUGUAGGGAAAUGUGUACCUUUUCUAAAUAGGCUCAGCUAAAAAUAAUUGGGCACCAGUGUAAAGAACCAUAAUUGUUAUUGUCUUGAGUAAUAUCACAAUGCCUAUUCAAUAGUAGAUCUUGUAGCAGACAGGUGAGAGAGAAAGAAAAAAUCUGAUACUGAUAAACAGUAUGUGGAAUUAUUAUUUGUAAGAAUGUCAGUCUAAAUUUAGCCUAAAGAAUACCCUGCGUACUGUCAGCGAUCAGUUCUACCCAACCACAUUAAUCAUCUGAAGCUGUAUAUCCUGCUUAAUAGACCGACCUCGCAUUUAUAUUUUUCUAUGGGAAUACUAUGUAUUUUUCCAACACUGCUGAGUUCUGUUACUACGUGCACGACUUGUAUCUCUGGCUUUAUUGUAUAUGAAAGAAAGCUUGGUGUUCAAUACAUGGUGAAGGUGACGUCUAAAUC